UUUUCCCUCCAUUUCCUUCAAUCCAAAAACAUUCUUAAGUUGACAACGUUUAACUUUUUUUUUGCUUGAUAUUACAAAGUUACCCACAUGGCCACAUAUAUAGACGAUUGUAUACCCUUAGACCAACCGAUUUUGUUUAUGACCUUUAUAAACUUGUAUUUUCUCCUUUUGAAUAGGGUAGGUUGCUACAAUUCUACCCCUCUCUCACCAGCAACUCUGUUGGUCCACUGCAACCACCAGCAGCUCCGUAUCACCACUAUCUCAAACCCACCUUUCUCAGUGAUCGUGAAUUCACUCCUAAUUUCAUCAGCGAAUUCAUGGCUACCAAGAAAACAGCGCCGCCAUUGCCUUCUUCUACCCUUUUUGUUUUCCACAGUUUUCAAAGAAGAGAAAAACUUGAUCAAAUUUGUUUAUAAUGGGGAUCAACAUUACAAAGUAUUCAUAGAAUUGCUUUGGUUAAUUUACCUAUUUUAGCAAAUCAUCAGGAUAAAUUGGAGUGGUGCUGAAUGCACUUUGCACACCACCUGUUCGACGAAAGGCCUCAAAGAACAUUUCUGAUCAUGAUGCGCUUCAAAGGGUUAUUUAUGAACAAUUUUGCUGCAUUGAGUUCAAACCCAUGUCAGAAUUUGAGUCAUAUGUUGGUACAAACCAGGCAUAAAACCAGUGGAGGUAGCAAACCUAAGAAGAAAGUCUAUUAUAGGGUUCAUGAACUUGACAAAGUCAUGGACCUUCAGAAGAAACCUGCUGUAAUCCUGCAGCUCAAAGACAUCAUUGAAUCCCAGAAAAACAAGUGUAUCUUUCUUAGGGAUCUUGAAAAGGAAGUGGGUUUUGUGCAGAAAUGGAAUUGUAUGGCUGCCAUUGAAAAGUACCCUACAAUCUUUCAUGUUAGUGGUGGUGACCGCGCUCCUGUUGCAGUUCGGCUUACUGACAAAGCGCAACGAGUUGCAGUUGAAGAAGAUGAAGCGCGAAUGCUUAUGGAGCCUAUUCUGGUUAAGAAUCUGAGGAAGUUGUUAAUGUUGACAGUUGAUUGUAAGGUGCCAAUGGAAAAGAUUGAUCUUAUAGAAAAUGAAUUGGGUUUGCCAUUAGAUUACAAGAAAUCAUUGAUUCCUAAGUAUCCUGAGUUCUUUUCAGUGAAAGAGAUUAAUGGAAAGGCUUACUUGCACUUGGAAAAUUGGAAUUCUUCACUAGGAGUAACUGCUCGAGAGGAGAAUUUGGUUCGAGAAGGGGAAUUAAAGGAUGGAGGGAGAGGAAAGAAAGUUAAGAUUUCAAAGGAUGGCAAUUAUCCUGGUCCAUAUGCAUUUCGUAUAUGCUAUCCUGCUGGUUUUCGGCCAAAUACAGGUUUUCUAGAAGAACUCGAGAGAUGGCAGAAAACAGAAUUUCCUUCUCCAUACUUGAAUGCAAGAAGGUUUAAUCAGGCGGACCCUAAGGCUAGGAAAAGAAUUGUGGCAGUGCUCCAUGAGCUUCUAAGCUUGACUAUUGAGAAGAGGAUGACAUCUUUUCAAAUGAGUGCCUUUCAGUCCGAGCUGCUCUUACCUGCUAGGCUAAUACUUUGUUUAAUUAAGCAUCAUGGUAUCUUCUAUAUCACCAAUAAGGGUGUUCGAAGUACUGUUUUCCUUAAGGAAGCAUAUGAUGGCUCAAAUUUGAUCCAAAAAUAUCCUAUAUUGAAAUUCAAAGCUAAAUUUGUAGCACUUAGCGGUAGGAAGGAUUCAAGUUUCGCUGAUGGAAUUAGUCAUAAUUAUCGAGACUUACAUUGAAUAUACGUCUGUCUGUAUCGGUUCCCUUUUACUCGUAUGUGCUUAACUGCUUAUGGUUCAGAAUGAAGUCCGUCUUUCUGCAUUGAUUUACUUUGGAUAUGUUUAUUGUUCUUGAGGGCUAGUGACUAGAAGGAAUAAAUUGCUUACAGUGAAUUUUUCCCUAAAUUGUCUGGUUUGUAAUUUCUUGUUACACUGAAUUAUCAAUCUUGUGGGACAUUUUAGGGUAAUCUAUUGCUAUCUCAGCAACACGAUUCUUGUGUAUAGUGUGUUGGUUGACAUUUAUGGGAAAUGUAAUCUCUGCAAUCAGCUUAUCAGUAGCAAUAUUUACCCUGCUCGAGACUCCUAGUAGAAAAACAAGUUUGACCCAAAAUCAACAUCUUUAAUUCUUGC